AUGUCGUCAACACCGGUCACCUUGAAAGCUGUACAAAGUGAAGUCUCUUCACAAACUGCAAAAUCGUCGGAGGCGGAAGUGAAGCGAUGUGAAGAUCUCAUCCUGACUUACUCAAAACAGCUCGCCAAAGAAAAGGAUAUUACUGGAAUCCGUACACUUGUCGAGUCGAUUCGCAGUUUUUACGAUCUAAUCGGGAAGGCAAGAGCCAGCAAGCUGAUUAGAGAUAUCGUUGAGCAAGCUCUUACUAUCGAGCAAGGGAAACAAGAGAAAGACGAAAAAAUAGAUCUUCUGAAAAACUGCAUCGAAUGGGCCACUUCUAAUAAGAGAGAAUUUCUACGACGCAGUCUCCAAUCUCGUCUUGUUCGUCUCUACAACGAUGUGCGAGAAUUCCCACAAGCUCAAAAACUUGGUCAAGAACUUUCGAAAGAGUUAAAGAAGUUAGAGGAUCGCGAACUGCUUAUUGAAGUUUCAGUAGAGGAGAGCAAGAGCGCUUUUAAUCUCAAUAACUUGAGCAAAGCAAAAACUGCACUUCUGACUGCCAAAACCAGCGCCAAUUCGGCAAUUGCUUCUCCACAACUUCAAGCGGCUGUCGAUCUGCAAUCCGGUGUUUUAUACUCAGCCGAGGAGAGAGACUAUAAGACUUCGUAUUCGUACUUCUACGAAGCAUUUGAGGGAUUUUCGAAUAUUGGAGACAAAAUCAAUGCAACUGGAGCAUUGAAGUAUAUGAUUCUUUGUAAGAUCAUGCUCAAUGAAACCGAACAACUACCAUCACUGUUGGCAACGAAGGAAUUUCUUCCAUAUCAUUCGAAUCUAAGAAUCAUUGCUAUUCGUGCAAUGGCUGAUGCAUUCCGUAAAAGAAGCUUGAAAGAUUUCAUGAAAGCAUUGGAAGAACACAAAAAGGAGUUGGUAGAGGACAAAGUUGUAGCCGUGCAUUCUCAGAAUCUGGAGCGUAAUAUGCUCGAGAAGGAGAUUUCUCGUGUUAUUGAGCCCUACUCAGAAAUAGAGCUGUCCUACAUCGCGCGAGUGAUCGGAAUGACCGUCCCGCCCAUCGAGAAAGCAAUAGCAAGAAUGAUUCUGGAUAAGAAAUUGUUGGGGAGCAUCGAUCAACAUGGAGACACCGUCCUCAUCUAUCCGAAGGCUGGAGCUACGAAGCAGUUCACUCAAGCUUUGAGCACAAUUAGCAAGCUAACGAAGACCGUGGAUGUCUCAUACAACCGCACCAAGGCGAUCAAAUGA